AUGGCAUCUUUCCCUGUCCAGUCUAUGGACACCAUGUCCUCGCUGGUCCGAGCAAUGGUCGAUAUGGAACCCCCCAUCACGCGAACCCAUCUCCCGAAGAGCCUGACGGUUCUUGACCUCUGUGCCAACGUUGAGGUUCUUGCUGCCCAUACCAAUACCAGUCACGUUCUUGAGACUUGCCAAGAAGCUCAAGAAUACAUCAUGAGCAACGACUUCAAGGCCGCUGAGCCCAUCACUGGGCUCACGUUGGCCAAGGAGGAGGAGACAGCCAAGGAUGUUGUAGCCACUACUUUCCCUUUCAAUGAUCUUCCUGCCGAGCUCCGCAGCAAGAUCAUUGAAAUGAGCGUUGACAAUCAUUACGUCAGUGCUGGACGCCGUGUCCAGCACGUUAGCGAGAAUGGAGCAAAUGUCCUGGCUAGCAUGCCAGCCUCGGCCGCUGUUAGCAAGCAGUGGCGUGCUGAGACGAUUCGCCACCUCGUCGUGGCACAAGUCCAGUCUGCUAUUCCCGGUGGCAACAGCAAUGCUUUUGGAGCCGUGACAACUGUCGUUUACCCGUCUGGAGAUGUUGUCUUCCUUACCGACAGAGCUCCCGACACAUACCCAGAUAACACCAAGACGAUUUUGCGGGCCGCAAAGACCGUCAUGGUCUAUGAAGAGGCACUUGUGCCUAGAGACCCUGAAGACUCUGGUCUCCUUGCUGAGGUUAUGCUGGCUGGCACAACCUUUGAGCAACUGCAGACUUUGAAUGUCAUCAUUCAACCCAUUCACAACAAGCCGAUUGUUGAGAUCAGCCUCAACGUUCAGGCAUUCGAGGCAUUUGUCAAUGGUCCCUUGCGUAAUUACAUUCGCAUGCCCCUGAAGACGUUCAGACAGACUCGUGUCGAUCUCCUCAGCCGUACUCGGCAGCCAUACCGUCGUGUAGGUAUGGAGUUCUUCCUACCCAUUGGCGACCGACAGCUAUGGACCCUAUUCAUUAAUACCCUAUCACCUCUCCGAUCUGCAUGGCCUAUCCCCAUGCUCCCCCAUGAGUUCGCCAACAACAUUCAAUUUGAGCACGACAAUGCCGAGAUGGUCUGGCAGCAGGACAAGUCCGUCAUGAUUCGCGAGCACCUCAGGGUCACCCGAGAGAUUUUCUGGGACUGUCUCAAUGUCAUGUCCCAACAGCAAGGCUUUCAGAUGCAGACUCGCGCUGCCUUUAUCCGCGAUAUGCGUCACAGAACCCCAGCCAUGCAAGGCAUGGUCAGGCUGUUUUUGUGCAUGAAGGACUGGGAGAGCGAGAACGCAAAUGCCAGCAAUAUGUCGUGCACGGUUGCCGAAUAUAAUACCAUGAUGCGGGCAACUGGCCAGCCCGAGAUAUAA